AUGCUGAGAUGUACUGACCGCCUUACUUGGUGGCCGGUUGCUGCACCCAUUCCGGCCAUCAGUGCCGAAACCGUAUCAAAGACGUUCCUGCCUCAUUGGGUGUCUCCUUUUGGAGUUCCUGCGACUGUCACCACUGACCACGGAUGCCAAUUCGAGUCCACGCUGUUUCGCGAGCUCACAUACCUUCUCGGUAGCAAUCGAAUUCGAACAACAGCAUACCACCCUCAAGCAAAUGGUCUCGUCGAAAGCUUCCAUCAGCAGCUCAAGACAUCCCUAAUGUCCCAGCCCGAUAAUUCCCAAUGGUAUGAUCACCUUCCCCUGGUGCUGCUGGCCCUACGUUCCACUCUUAAGGCCGGCAUUGGUUGUACUGAAGCUGAUAUUGUCUACAGAACCUCCAUACGACUGCCCGGGGAGUUAGUAUGUCCUUCGAGCACGCUAACGUCAGUUGAACCUUGCGGUUAUGCGGGACAGCUGCGUAGUGUCAUUCGUAAUCUCUGCGCAACGCCCCCUCGAGCGUCAGCAACCCAUUCCUUUAUCCCUCCCGACCUGGAUAAGUGCAAUUUCUUCUUGGUUUGGCAUGACGCUGUCCGACGACCACUUCGACCACCGUAUAACGGGCCGUAUAAAGUCCUUCGUCGACGUAACAAAGACGUUGUCAUUGACCGCAACCCCGAGACUAACACAGACAGCAUUGAUCAAGUAAAGCCGGCGUACAUCGACGACAGUGACCAUUCCUCCCACCAACACUGUACCCCGCCGCAAACAGUGAUGCCUCCACCUACUGGCGAUAGCCCGCCUCCAGUUCGCCGCACACAAUAUGGUCGCCACGCCCACUGA